AUCCAUGGAAAUAUGGAAAUUCGCACCGUUUAAUAAAAACUGUUCAGCUAGGACCGAUCCAGCGGAUUAAAAAAAUAGCAGAGCAUAAAACCUUCAAGGUCUUCAAUCAUAUUUUUCAUUCCAUUUCGUGGUGUGAAGCUAAGCAAAGGUUGAUUUUUUACAUGCCGGUAAGGGUUACAUGCAGCGCUAGCGGUGACUCAGAUCAAAAUGAAGCGCGAGAAAUAGGUUAAAUUUAAUGGAUUCUACGGGUACUUGCGACGGAGUUUACUCAGUUGGUAUCCCGAGGAAAUCAAGUGCAUCUACUGCAAGGAGCUGUUCAGCGACUGAGAGGUGCAGACAAGAACUGGAAGAUUAUGAUGUGGAGUUUGAUGUGAGGCCACCUAGUGGAACGAAUCAUCAGCAACCAGGAAAGCACUUAAGCAUAGACACCAGAUUUUCAGAACUUAGCCUUGAAAAUUCAUCUUUGAUUGCUGAAAGUGAGAGAGACCCAAACACUUUGUAUAGUAGUGCUGCAGGUGGAUCCAUUUCUAGGAACAAAACUAGACCUAGGAGAGUUCAGAUCCCUAAAGACAAUUUUUACAUCACCUCUCCCUUUAAACAAGGGCCAGAAAAAGAUGUGAAGGGGUCAGCAUUGGUUGUUGAUCCAAGCUUUGAGUUGAAGCAGCGGACCAUUGCUGGGGUUACAAAGGUAAAACAGCAUCUGGACAAGACAAAAAGAACAAGAAACUUUAAUCUCCCACCUUCACGGUUACAAUCAGGCAGCCUGAAGCCACUUGGGCGGCCUAUGACUGCCUCUGGGCCACUCAUGAGGAAUUGUCAAGGGAUUGUAGCUGGUGCGAGAAGAUACCACGGUUUUGCUAGAAGGCAGACAGAUAAUUCACUCGGGAGUGCCAAACCUUCCAGAGUGUUCUCAGCGUCGGAUAUUGCAAAUUUCGGUGCAGCAAGGCCAGAUAGUCCUAACCAGCUGCUGCGACCAGAGAGCUCCAUCCAUAACACUUCGUGUGCAUCUUCUGUUGACGAGGCCAACAACGACAGUGAUGGUAGUUUUCCAGAAGAAGGAAGCGAAGACAGUAUUGAUGAAGCGAAUCAGGCUGAAUCUACACUUGAUUAUAACAAGGACAGGGAGCACUCUGAGGAAAAUCUCCGGUGCCCAUCUACAGGAAACGGAAAUCAUUCAAAGCCCGAUAGCAGCUGUAAACCUUAUUUUGAUCAUAAUGUAAAGAGGCACUCAGACGAUGACAGUGAUAGAGAAGAGGGUCAUUGGGCACGGCAGACUCAGCACUCUGUUGGUUGUCACAGAGGUGGUGGAACUCGCGCUUCUAAAACUCAUGGCGGGAUGAAGACUAAUACUGGUACUACUCAUGGGAAACAAAGGCGUCUAAGAAGUAGCGGCGAAGAAGACUGUGAUAGGGACGUCAUUAAGACAGACCUUCUGAACGUGUCAUUGCUGAAGUCUCGUCAGAAAAGCAGAGACAAACUUCGUUUGGGAUUCACACACGGCUCAGAUGUACAGGAGGUUGUUGAGCCUCCUAGCAGCCCUUUAUGUGUGAAUUCUGAUAAAAUAAUCGAUGUUCACAUCAGGGUGAAGUCUGGCGCAACACUGGACACGGAAGGUUUUCUUUUAACGCCAUGCAAUGAUCAGACAGUGGAGCCACUGAGAGGAUUUCAUACUGAUUUUAGUAAAGAUGAUGUUGACGACUACCUGGAUAGUGAUGUUUUAGAUUCUAACAGAAUACCAUCGGCAGAUAUUUUUAAAGUGCUUGACACUCUGAAUCUUAGUACCUCAGCUAUGAAGCCCCCGACUCCUAGAGCUGAGAGGUCAAGGGUAAAAAGGGCGCAGUCAGCUGGGUAUACAAGACAAACAGCUAUUGCCACCAAGGACAAGAAGGCCUUUGAAAAAGGCGCAAAGUGUUCAAGACCACCCUCGGGCAAACAAGCGGGAAGGAGAAAGGGGAAAAAUAAAGAUUUUCGUGAUCCUGCAAAUUUAAACACCACAGUGACUGCAUCUGCAAUAAUUGAAAAAACGGAAGACUUGACAAAGCAUGUCAGGGAGUCGUUACCCGGUUAUUUUACUGAGCAGUACAAAAAGAUAUUGGAUGAGCAGAACGGAAAUGGAAACAACGUGAACGAGGCAACAAUUGAUGGUGUUCCGUCCAGCAGCCUGCCUUUGGCGACAAGAGAAAUGACUCCGGCUGACGUUGGCAGGGAUUUCGAUAGUGAAAAGGAACUUCAUCAAAACGACCAAGCUGUUGUGACAGGAGACUGUAAAGAAAAUAGCAGGUAUUCGCAAAUGCGUAAUGGAAGGUCUGACUCAGAGAACGCUACAUCUCUGAAUGAUGGGCAGGAUGAUCAUUCAGAGGAUAAAAAGGCUUCUCGGAGCUCGCUAACAGGGGUGUUUGUGACAAUGGACGAUAAAAACGACCUGAGAAGUUUUCACGAUGUUGAAGACAGCAGUUCUGGCGUGGAAACAAUGUCUUGUGUUACGGAUUCUUCAACGUUUGAUAACUUAGGAGGUACAAUAAAUCAGAGAAAUUGUGAUAGUGCAUGGAGCUUUGGUCGUGAAGAAUUCUUUCCAGAUGCACAACACUAUGACUGGGGUGAUAAAGUCGAUGAUGAUGACGAUGGCGGUGAUGUUGGCAGCCUUGAUGAUGCCGAAAAUGACUUCUCAAAUUUGGAGGUUGUAGCUAAACCAAUGCCUCUCUCGGAGUCAAGAUAUCUUUUAAAGAAGAAAGCCACUGCACCAUUCCCACCUCUGUGCUUCAAUAUCAAUGCAAAAGCUCCCGAGGGACAGUUGUAUUACUUCGCUUAUGGACCUGAAAUGAACCCUAACAGGAUGGCUAUUUAUUUGCGACGAGAGCCAAAAACGCGAUUGUGGGGAAUUUUGUUUGGAUUUCAACUUACAUUCAAUAAGAGGGGUGAGUUUUGUUGGUUACUUAAGAGAAAUGAGUUCUCACAUUACGUUCGAGUGGUGUUUCCUGUAUGGAUGCUCAACUGUGUCAGUCCAUCUGAACACGGUGUAGCACAGUACUGUGUACCAGCGGUUUUGUAUGUCGCCCAAGACGAGUGGACUACCCAUGAUUCGUCUCAGAAGCUGGAUUGUAGCUACAGUGUGAGCCAAUGUCUGAAAGCCUCUGACAUAUUAACACCUAACUACAUACAGUUCCUGACGAGCCAGGCCAGAAGCUAAAACUCAGUGACUAGAAGCUGUCUCAAAACCCUUGACGUCUCACGAGACUUAACAACGUUUGUUUCGUUACCAAUCAAACUAAAACACCUAAUACACAUAUCAGUCUUGAACGGUGAAGCCCUGAAUACCCUAAUAUUGCCUUGGAGGGAGUGAUUUUAUUCUUUAUAGGGUGUGUGUUUUCUAUGCAUUGAUAGAAUCAUUUGUUUUUGGAAGUGUCCCCUUUUGGGAAACAGUUCAGGGUAAGAAAUCUUAGAAAACGGCAAUGGCUGGUAUUCAGCACCAACUACCUUGCUUCAUUCAAGAGACGAAAUUGAACACAUGGGAUAUACCUUUUCGAUCAAUGAAUGCUAUGAAAACUCUUCCUUUCCAUUCUUUGCAUACCAGCUUGAAUGGUACUAGUAGUUAAAGUAUAUAUUGAAGGGAUUCCGAUGUGUAAUUAAGGAUAGGCAGCGACAUUUAUACUGUGCAUAUGGGCAGUUUAUGGCCUGUGGCGCAAUUUUCAACCAGUGUGGCUUUGGUUUACAUAGUGUGCGGUGUGCCGGGUUUGCAAGUGGUGUGUCACUAUGUCUGCCUUCGUUUCGCCUACCUCUCUCUCCAUGAGAAACAAUUUAAAACGUUUAUGUUGAUAGUCAGAAUGAAAUGAUCAAAAUCAUUAUGGCUGCGAUCUCCAUUGAGUAAGUUAUUGCGUUCGACGAAGUGGAACGCAAACCUAAUUGUGACCUGUGGCUUUUCAGAGUUGGUUGGCCUGUGCACGGUUAUAGGCGGAAAACCCCACAUUCCUGUAAGGACACCAAAAUGGCCACCCCGCUUGAUUUUUGCAGGGG